AAAUCAUAAACAGGAAAAUGCACGUACGGUCGGCACAGCUCCUGCGACACAAGCCGCUCGAUUAUCAAAAUCGCUGCAGCGCUCUGGUAGGUUCUUGCACCGUCGAAGACGAGGACAGUCCACACUCACUUGCAGAAUGAGUUGCUUCAGGAAGGGCCAAAUGGUCAUCUACACGAACAUACUCUUCACGGCAUUGGUUCUGUCGUCAUCCUACGCCACUAGUAGCGUAGUCGUCUCGACAGCAGAUGGUUUCCUUCGUGGCCUGUCCCAAACGAUACUCGGAAAAGACAUUCAAGUGUUCUUGGGAAUUCCAUACGCUAAACCACCCGUCGAAGAACUGCGGUUCCAGAAACCACAACCCCCUUCACCGCGGGACGGAGUCUACGAUGCAACAGGCGCUAAGAACUCCUGCAUGCAGCCUCCGUAUCCGAAAAUGUUUGACAUUCCAACGGAGCUCUCCGAAGACUGUCUCUAUCUGAACGUCUGGACACCGCUGGCUUCGGAAAGGUUGAAACUGCCCGUUCUGAUAUGGUUUCAUGGAGGGAUGUUUACAGCGGGCUCGGCAUACGAAACUAGGUAUAACGGCUCUGCCUUGGCAGCCCUCAAUGACGUUGUCGUAGUUUCUUGCAACUUUCGCCUGUCAGUGUUCGGUUUCUUGGACGCAAAUCAUACUGAAGCACCCGGUAACUUGGGUCUGUGGGACCAGCUGUUUGUCUUGCAAUGGGUCCGCAGAAACAUACGUGCAUUCGGCGGAGAUCCGCAUGCGGUGACUCUGUUUGGUGAAAGCUCCGGCGCCAGAAUGACUCAUGCUCACGUUCUGUCGCCUCACAGUCGCGAUCUCUUUCAUCGAGUUUUCCUGAUGAGCACCGCCAUUAGCCACGACACUUGCGUCGACACUGUGGCCCAGAGCAUCACCAAAGGCAACGUUCUCUCUAAAGCCGUAGGCUGUGGCUCCUUCGACCUGUCGACUAAUACCAGUCAAGCGCUCGAGUGUCUUAGGCGCAGAGAAGCGGAAGGAAUUUGUACGGCCACGCAAUUAAUAUUUAGGCCAACGCUGGAGACUGAGUUCCUCCCGUUCCUUCCAUCAGUCGCCAUCGAGAACGAAUAUUUUAGCACUGUCGACGCAAUGGUAAGCGUUACGGCUAACGAGGGACCUUUUGUAUUUCUUGUUCUGCGAGAUGACGAAGUCGUUAAGGACGACUUGAGUACUGUCGGCGGGGAUUUGCUGAAAGCGUCUGUCGACAGCCUUAUGCGAACUUUUUCCAACGACAGCUUCCGCGCCGUAGCCACGGACUAUAUGAAGGCUAUUCCUGCUGAUAACAAGACUGCACUAAGACAGAUGGUGGCAGGGCUAAUGGGUGACUGUUUAUUCAACUGUCCAACAAGGCUCUUUGCCGAGAAAUACUCCGCUAAAGGCAGGAAGGUGUACGCAGCGGUUUUUGCGCACCGGUCCAGAAAGUCACAGUUGCCAGAGUGGUUUGGCGCAAUGCACCUGCAGGAAGUGCAGUUCGUAUUCGGCAUUCCUUUCCUGGAUCCAGCAAACUACACGGACGAAGACCGAGAAUAUAGCGUAUACGCAAUGAAGAGUCUGGCGUCAUUCGCUCGAACUGGGGUACCUGUUUUGCCUGAUGGAACGGAAUGGCCGGAGUUCUCGCUGCAGCAUGGAGACUUCAUUUGGCUCCAACCUGGAAAUUACACCAUGGCAAAAAAUUUUGUUGCAACUAGCUGCGAUCUGUGGAGGACGCUUCUGUGACGCCAAUAUGUUUACCAGGUGGUCUAUGCCAAUGCAAGAUCAAUAGGCUUGGUUAUAUAAAAGAAAAAAAAAAACUAUGAUGAUUUCAGAUAAUGUCAGACAUUUCUUUAGCUGAUUUAUUUGGAGCAGAACAAUUUACAACGCUUACACUUGCUUUUUAUGGCAUAGUAUAUGUGUCAUGAUUAAAUAAAAAAGAGAGAGAAAGGAACAAAAUGGGAGGCUAUGCCUUUUCAUUCCUUCGCUUGUGUUGCAGUGACAACGCUUUAAAUAGCACGAAUACAUUCGGGAAUUCUGAAUUUGACAGUGAUUAGAGGACUCGGUCUUAGCGUACAAGCAUAAAGCCACUCCCUGUCACUUGGAACUUAUGAGUCACACCUGUUACAAAACAAUAAAUAUCCGCCUCACUGA